AUGGCCAUCAACUACCUCAUCCUCCUAUCCCGGCAAGGUAAAGUGCGCCUCGCAAAAUGGUUCACCACACUUUCUCCCAAAGACAAAGCCAAAAUCAUCAAAGAUGUCUCCCAACUCGUGUUAUCACGGAGAACACGUAUGUGCAACUUCCUCGAAUAUAAAGACACCAAAGUCGUCUACCGUCGCUACGCUUCUCUUUUCUUCAUCGCCGGCUGCUCAUCGACCGACAAUGAACUCAUCACCCUCGAGAUAGUCCACCGGUAUGUGGAGCAGAUGGACAAAUACUACGGCAAUGUCUGCGAGCUGGACAUCAUUUUCAAUUUCCAAAAGGCAUACUUCAUACUGGAUGAGUUGUUGCUAGCCGGGGAGAUGCAGGAGAGUAGUAAGAAGAAUGUGCUGAGGUGCAUCAGUCAACAGGACAGUCUGGAGGAUAUGGAGUACCUCCCACUCCGCGAUAUUGACGACGUCACGAAUGCUCUCAACUUCGAUACGGCUGACUGCCAUGUCAUCGGCGGCUGCGAUCUCUACACCACAAAGGCUGCAGGGGCAGACAAGAAGCUCUACAAGAACAUCGAACACUCGCUAGAGUCGCAGUAUGCCUCACUUCUGAGCUUUUCGGCUGGUCUAUCAGCGCACCAGGCUACCGCGGCUGGCCAAGCCCUCAAUUUGUCUAGAGCAAGUCCUUUCGGACCCCUCAGCCAAAUCUCCAGUCGCCGAACCUUUGCCUAUCUGAUCGCAACGCUAAACGCCAGUCAUCCAGACUACGACUUCUCCCAUCUCCUCCGUCCCUCCGACUUUCGGCGCGAGAAGAAUAUCAGGAAGGUAAUGAACACCCUCGAUACCACCCUUUAUAAUCUGCGCCCAAAGUUCUCGAGCGCGCUUGUUGAUGAAAAGCCACACUGGUCAAACACAGUACCAACGACCGUCCCUCAGACCCCCCACGGAAGUGAGAAAUGGAAUCCUCGGAUGUGGAGUCUGAUCGACAAAGAAAUGACCCUCAAGGAAUGCAGCAUGUACUGCUACGCGCCGGAAGAAGAUCCUUACGAUGGCGAAGAGGGCUCACUGUGGAGCUUCAAUUACUUCUUCUUCAACAAGGCAAAGAAAAGGGUCUGCUACAUCUACCUCCGUGGCCUGAGCAUCAUCGGCAACAGUCCUCCCCAAAAGACGCCAAUCAAACCGAAGAGACCGGCAAGCGGGACUUGGAGUUUGGACGAAGAGACAAGCAAGAAGAGAGCAAAAUAUUGGCUUGGAGAUCGAGCUCGAGAGGCCGAGUGGAACAAUGAGGAAGACGAAGACGUCAGUGGUCAAUGGGAUGAGGAGAACAUUGAAGAGGCUGACAUCCUGGAUGAUGGGGAUGAGCCCACGUUGGUGCCCUCGGAUACUGACACAGGGAGUGAGAGUCCGUGCAAAGGAAGAGGACGAAGUGGGAGUUCUGUCCGGGGCGUUAGCGAAGAAGUUGCGGCAACCAUUGAGGUUUGA